AAAAAACAAAAACUAUAUAGAUAUAGUAUUGUUAUGAAAAAUGAUAAUUACAAUGCGGUAUAGUUGAAUAUUUUUAAGUUGUUGUUUUAAUCACUAGCCUCUCCUUUCCUAGAUACCAAGACGCUAAAAUGGCGUCAGUCACUACAAAUUUUUGUGUAACAAAGAAUACUAAACAUAAAGCGUUUAAUGAAUGUGCUUUAUCCAACAGUUUUAUUCCGAUUUUAAGUGUAUAGAUCUAUAAGCAGAGAAAACUAAAGUUAAAUAAGAAAUGACAGAAGAAAAUCUUACAUCUAGGUAUAAAGAUUCAAGAUCUAAAACAGUGGGAGGAGCAGAGGUAGAAGUAACAGAACGAAUAUUCCAUCACAUAAUGUCUAAUGGACCCAUCUUGAAAAGUCGCCUCAACCUGCAGACAGCCAGUGCACCUUACAAAAGGAAUUUUCACAAAUCUUCGACACUCUCAUCAGGAGAAGAGAACAAAUUACUAAGUACUAGUAAACCUUAUGGAUCCUCAGAUCUUCCAGUUCUUUCUAGAAACAGAAGUGCUGAUAACAUAAUCAAACGACAAAUGGCAUCAGAAUGUAAACUUAAUUCUCUUCAUCUUAGUGGGAAGUGGGCUUCAAAUGAUAGGCUUUCAAGUGGCUAUCCAGUGGGAAAUAACAUUAAACAGAGAGAAGUUAUUUUGGAACCACCAAGUCAUGUUCACCCUAAUCGAGGGCUAAGCGGCUCAAAAGUUCGGAAAAGCUCACAGAUGUCUAAGCCUGGUUUCCUUACACAAAGAAAUUUAGAUGCCUCAGAAUCAAAGUCUGAAAUUCUUACUCCAUCAUCUAUAGAUAGAUCACAGAAUACUAGCUCAAGAACAACUGCUUUAAAAUCAGAUCUUGACACAGAAGAAGUAAACAGACAAUUAAAACAACUAGGAUGGAACUCAAGUGACCAAGGGCUGAGGUUACAAAGAGAGAUAACCUAUGUUAACUCAAGUAGAACAGUAAAAAGAGCAUCAGAGGUGGUUUCUUAUAGAGUGGACCCAAUGUAUGUGAUGAGUGGUUUCAAAAUAGGUCUUCAAAAUCGUUAUUCAAUUCAAGAAGGAGAGAUCAAGAAGCUACAAGAAAUGACACACUUAAGGGAAACAUUUCAUUCUAACUUUAAACACUUACAAAGGCGACCUUAUUCAAGUAAUCCAUCAGUCAACAGGGUAAGAAAAAACCUCAGUACAAUAGCAAGGAAUGCACUACCAGUGAACAGAUGUGUUGAUGACAAGAAGGAAAAGACGGAUGUUCAGCUAGAAUCUAGCUUUGUGUUAAAUAAACACCAAGCAGAGAAUGAUUCUGUUGACAGGGAGUCCAUUUACAAUGAAAAUCCCACAGAUAAUGAUGAUAAGGGGUCCAUAAACAAAGAAAAUCUCAAAGAUACUGUUGAUAACGAUUCUAUAAACAAUGAAAAUCCCAAAGAGAAUGAUUAUGUAGACAGAGAGACCAUAGGUAAUGAAUAUCUCAUAGAAAAUGAUGAAAACAGGAGCAAUGUGGAUGAACCACUUGAAGUACUUGAUGAAGAAGCCUUUGAAAAGAAUUCAAUUAAAAAACUUGAUGGUUCAGAGGAAGAAAACACUGACCCUGAGGUAUCAAAGAAUGAGAACCUCUUUGAUGGGAUUUGAGAAAUUGAUAAAUAUUGUAUCCCCCAAAAUAUGACUAAGACCUCCAGCUUUGAGCACAGAACAUUCAAAAUUGGGUCCUAGUUUUGAACCUGUCCCUUCUGUUAGUCAACAAUUUGUUUCUAAGCAUUCAUGCCUGACAAGUAUUGACAUUUUUUUAAAAGUUAAAAUCACCACACUAAUUAUGUUACUACCAUGUUAGAAAGGUUUAGAAAAAGUUCCUCAAGUUAACUCUUAUUAGAACUAAUAGGAGAUGUAUGGUAAGGUGCAUACCUCUGUAAGGUGUGACAGAUUGUUAUCACAUAAACAAUUUUAUAUUCUGGGAAAGGUAUGCUUUGGGUUAUUGUAUGCAUAACUGCACAGUUAGUUAUAGUCAGCACAUAAUUUGUAACAAUCAUUCUUUAGAUUGGCAGAAGGAGUUUGCACCUAGAUAGAGUCCAUUACAGCACUGCAUUUAUUACUUACAAUUUCUUAUUACAAUGCCUUCAUUCACGAGGAGCAUUCUAUUUUUUUCAAAUAGAGGUGCCAUUUGUUUCUUAAUAUAUUUCUUAUAAUGCCAAUAAUAAUGUUCUAUCCAAAUAGAAAUACUUGGUGGUUUCACCUACACUUUAGAUUUCAAAGCAUUUUGGUAUGAAAGUUCUUGGUACAUUUGAAUUAUAUUCACAAUAAUAGACUAUCACUUUCACAAUGAACACUUCUGUCAGUAUAUUUAGUCUGUUGAGGUAUUCAAAGCCUUUUUAUGAACUUAAUGUUCUCAAAACAGCAAAAAACCAAAUGCUGGAGUUCUAAAGUACACUGAUGGUAACUAAACACAGAUAUGAUCAAAAUGCCAUUCAAUCAACUGAAUGUUUGCAUUAUUAAUUCAUUUUGAAAAGAGCAAGUCAGUGGAAGAUUGGAAACUCCACCUUUAUGACAUAAACAUGUGACAAUGACACACAAACGUUCAUGAGUCUGCAUUAAAUGAACAUGAAACAAGAAUUAGCUUUAUUUGUAACAAUACAGUAUAUGUGCCCCAAAAUGUUUGAUUGUAUUUCAUGACAAUAGUUUUCAUAAAUGCUUUUCCCUUACUACAAACAUAUUUUGGUUGCAUUUUGAAUUAUUCAUGUGUCAACCUGAGCUUACACAUGAGAAAAAGGUAAUGAAGUUGACUUGAUCAUGUGAAAGACAUGAUCAACUGCCGUUUUUUAUUAUCGUUGUGACCAUUCAGAAGUAUUCAACAGUUCAUUUAACUAUCUUUAUAGUAUUAUAAAAGACUGUAAAUUGUUUUGUUUUAUUGUCGAUAUUGUUAUAUUGUAUUACUGUUAUAUGCAAUCCGUUAUAUCUUUAUGUAAUAAAAGGCAAAUGUGCCAAAGGAUU